AAACGUCUUGUGCGUCGAGUCAUCCUUGACGUUUCUUUGACACCCACAAUAAUUUGUUAUGUAAAUACUCUAGAUUAAAAAAACCGCGAAAUUCAUGUGCUCCGUGGAGUGAUAUGUGAUAUUAAUUAAGGAAUUUAAUCUCUGUGUCCUUCAAUGAUUAUAAUUACGUCUAAAAUGCUGUUGGUGCUUAUUUUUUUGUUGAGUCUGAGCUCGGCUUGGGGGUCGGUCGUUAAAUAUCAACCUGAGGCUGUGCAUUUGUCGUUUGGAGAGAAUAUUCGUGAUAUUGUGGUGACCUGGAGCACGAGGGAUGACACUAAAGAAUCGAUUGUCGAAUAUGGGAUCGGCGGCUUUGCUUUGACUGCCAGAGGGAACUCGACAUUGUUCAUUGAUGGAGGGAAGCAAAAGCGACGACAAUAUAUCCACAGAGUUUAUUUGAGAGAUCUCACACAAGGGCAUAAAUACGUGUACCAUUGCGGCAGUAAACUCGGUUGGUCGAACGUCUUCUACGUGACACCCCCAUCGAAUUCCCCGACAUGGACCCCCCAGAUCGUGAUAUUUGGGGACAUGGGGAACGAGAACGCCCAGAGUCUCUCGAGACUCCAGGAGGAGACGCAGCGGGGCCUCUACGACGCAGCAAUUCACGUGGGGGAUUUUGCCUACGACAUGGACACCGAUGACUCCAGAGUUGGAGAUCAAUUUAUGAAGCAGAUCGAGGGAAUUGCUGCCUACUUGCCAUACAUGACCGUUCCAGGGAACCACGAGGAGAAAUAUAAUUUCAGUAAUUACAGGGCGAGAUUCUCGAUGCCUGGAAAUUCCGAGGGGCUGUGGUACAGCUUCGACAUGGGUCCUGUGCACUUCAUUGCCAUUGAAACCGAGGCUUAUUAUUUCAUGAAUUAUGGAAUUAAACAGCUGGUGAAGCAAUUCGAGUGGCUCAGAGAGGAUCUGACGAAAGCCAACGAACCUGCUGCAAGAGCUGAGAGGCCCUGGAUCGUGACAUUCGGCCAUCGUCCGAUGUACUGCAGCAAUAAAAAUGCCGACGAUUGCACAAAUCACGAGUCCCUCGUGAGGGUAGGUCUCCCCUUCCUGAAUUGGUUCGGCCUGGAAGAGCUCUUCUACGAGCAUCGGGUGGACCUGGAGCUGUGGGCACACGAGCACAGCUACGAGAGGCUCUUCCCCAUGUACAAUUUCAAGGUGAUGAAUGGGAGCUAUGAGAAACCCUACAAGAAUUACAGAGCCCCUGUGCACAUCGUCACAGGUUCUGCAGGUUGCAAAGAGGGCAGGGAGAAAUUUAUACCGGAGCAGCCAUACUGGUCUGCCUUCCGGAGUUCUGACUACGGAUACACCAGGAUGAAAGUCUUCAACAAGACACAUUUGUACUUGGAGCAGGUGUCCGACGAUAAAGCUGGGGCUGUGCUAGAUGAGGUUUGGCUGAUCAAGGACACCCCUGUCCCUCAGUAUCCUUGAAACUUAACCCCGGAUGAUAAAAGGAUUUUAAGGGUAAUAGGUGGAUUAAAUUAAUAGGUAAAUCUUCGAAGAAUAUUUCUGAAUUCAGGAGAGAUACCGAAAUUUUUGUGGAUAAUUUUUUGCAGCUCUGAAUAUUGCAAAAGAUAUCUUGAAAAAAAUUUUGAUGACUCUCCAUUCCUUCGCUACAGAUUUUCGAACAAUUAACAUAUCCAUGAACAAAUAAAACAUGAAAUUAAGAAUAUUAUUUUAAAUGUGAGACAAGGAAAAUAAAUCAAUGACAAGUA